UUUGUUCAUAUAUUUAUAUGCGCCCGUGUGAUUUCAACAGCUGUAUCAAUCUUCUCUCUUUCAAACACAAACCUCUGUUUCUCUCUUUCUAGUACCAUGUCGGAGAAACGAAUCGGUAUGGUCGAGAAAAGUAACAACAAGAGACAGCGAGUGAAUCUUGUUCGCGAGUUCUCCAUCAACGACCACCACGACGUGCUAGUAGAAAUCCUCCGGCGACUAGACGGUCCUUCUCUCUGCUCAGCCGCUUGCGUGUGCCGUCUUUGGUCAGCCGUCGCUCGCAACGACUCAAUAUGGGAAGAGCUUUGUUUCCGACAAGUGUCACCACGACCUUCACUUUCACUUCGCUCAGUUGUGUCAGCUCUCGGUGGCUACAGAUGUCUCUACUUCCUCUGCAUCCGUCCGGUCCUCGCACGACUCCCCAAGAUCAUUUGGAGCCGAGACCAGCUUCAGCUCUCACUCUCCCUUUACUGUGUUCACUACUACGAGCGCCUUUACGUCGGCGCGUGGAUUGGAGACGCGCCACCUUCUUCGCUCAUGUUCCUUAGGAAACCCGUCAAAGUAGUCUGAUCCGCCUUUGGCCGGACCGGUCAUUAAUAAACUAUUAGUUCGCAAGAUUGUAUUCUUUAUCAUAUUAUUGUUUACUCCUAUUUGUUACGAUUACUAAAUUUCAAGUUCAUCUUUUCAUUACAA